AGGGGCUACGGCAGCAGAACUGGGGUUGCUCUGAGGAGGAGCAGUAGUGCCGUACCGAUGGAUUUCCAGCCUAGCAUCCUGCGCGAUGGCAGCCCCAUGGAGAGCCUGGAGAAGCAGCUGCUGUGCCCCAUCUGCCUGGAGAUGUUCAGCAAGCCUGUGGUGAUCCUGCCCUGCCAGCACAACCUCUGCCGCAAGUGUGCCAAUGACAUCUUCCAGGCUGCCAAUCCGUACUGGCAGAGCCGAGGCAGCAGCAUCAUUUCGGGGGGCCGGUUCCGCUGCCCUACGUGCCGCCACGAGGUCCUGCUGGACCGCCACGGUGUCUAUGGGCUGCAGAGGAACCUGCUGGUGGAGAACAUCAUCGACAUCUACAAGCAGGAGUUCUCCAGCAGGCCACUCAAGAAGGGGGAGCACCCCAUGUGCAAGGAGCACGAGGAUGAGAGGAUCAACAUCUACUGUGUCACCUGCGAGGUCCCCACCUGCUCCAUGUGCAAGGUCUUCGGUGCUCACAAGGACUGUGAAGUGGCCCCUCUGCAGAGCAUCUUCCAGGGCCAGAAGAGCGAGCUGAACAACUGCAUUUCCAUGCUAGUGGCAGGGAACGACCGCAUCCAGACCAUCAUUUCCCAGCUGGAGGAUUCCUGCCGCAGCACUGAGGAGAACAGCGAGGCAGCCAAGCAGGAGCUCUGUGCACGUUUUGAUGCAUUUGCAGCGCUGCUGGAGGAGAAGAAGAUGGAGCUGCUGGGACGCAUCACCCGUGAGCAGGAGGACAAGACAGGCUUUGUGCAAGGCCUCAUCCACAAGUAUAAGGAGCAGCUAGAGAAGUCCAGCCGGCUGGUGGAAACGGCCGUCCAGGCCAUGGAGGAGACCGACGGGGCCGCCUUCCUCAUGAAUGCCAAGCAGCUCAUUAAAACGAUUGUGGAGGCCUCCAAGGGCGGCAGGCUGGAGAAGAUUGAGCAAGGCUAUGAGAACAUGGAUGCCUUCACAGUCAAUCUUGAGCACCUCACCGAUGCCGUCCAUGCCUUGGACUUUGAGUCAGAUGAGGAGGAUGAGUUCUAUGAGGAGGUGGAAGAAGAUACAGGAGACACAGAACCCGAAAGGGUAGCAGCAGCCCCCCAGUAGGACGCAGGAUGUCCAGGACAGAACCUGGGGACACGCUGACGGGGCCAGCCAUCCAGCUCCAGUACAGGACACUUUUCUAUACGGGUGCCAAGAGGACUAUUCCGCACAUUUUAUAUGUUCCUUGUUUUGUAUAUAAUUGUAAUGGAGUUGUGUAUUUUGUACAGAAAA